GGAAGAGAUCAUAGAAUGCAAAUUUGUGGGUAGCCUACUAUGUGUCAGCAGUCGAAGCACAAACGUUCUCCUAGCCACUCACCGGAGGUGCCAUGACUAGAUCUGGAUAAUCUCCCCAUAAGUAUAAUUUUUCUGUGUUAACGAAUGUAUGAAUGGUCAGUGUCCUGAUUUGGUCAUGUUGGCAUACUACAUGUACUGGGCAUCUAUUUGUUUCUGGCUCGGAAAACACGCUGUGCUGAGCGACUGUCCUCGAACGGCUUUCUACAUUCGGCCCGGGGAGGUUCGCAUUAACAUCUCUACAGUCUUUUGUUUCUUUCGUCCUCAGAUUUUAUUACUCUUCAGAACUCUUCUGGAUCUAGUGAUAUGUAUACAUGUCAAGUGACAACAGGAAUAGGGUUCUACACCGACACCUACAUCCUUAUAGCCAGACUCAAAAAUAGGCCAUGCCCUGCAAGGAAGUCGGUGGUCUUCUCUUUUACCUCACCCAUAUUGGCUGAGGGAGUAUAUAGCAAUUCCAAUUUGUCAAACUUAACAGACUGUGCUAUUAACAUGACUCAGCCCAGUAAUGAUGCCUGCAAUCCGUAUCCCCUGAAGGAAUGUGUGCACAACUGGGACUUUAAAUACUAUAAAGAGUCCAAUACUGUCGGAGUAUUUUUUCCGGUCAAUGGGGGAGGUCCUCUUACAUCAACUUCUGAAGUUAUAACUGCACUGCAUAACAAUUGUAACUGCACAGUCAUACAGUACCUUUUGGAAUACUCGUCGACUGUAAACCUAGAUAAAGUUUAUAGAGAUUGCAUCUUGGGAUUCAAGGAUAAACUAAAAGAUUGCAGGAGUCUUCAGUUACUGGAGAGGGACAUACGCGACAUGACCACGGGGCCCCAUCAGACAACGAUCCUGAGCUUGAUCAGUGCCAUUGUCACAUCUGCUGACAAUCUGACGAACUUCUUCAUAUCUUUACCUUCAGGUGACAGACAGCAGUCCACGUCCCUGGAUGAUGAUGUCACAAUGGAGGUCCCCCCAGAGGCCCUUGAUCAGAUAAAGAUCAACUCAGGUGGCGGGCUCAACAUGGGUGCAUUCUGGUUCAAGGAGGACUCAUUGUUCCCAGUGGAACAGGUUAACCUGUCUCUGCUGAGGAGUCGUGUGGUGGCCCUGGAUCUAGGACAGGACAUCAGCGGCCUGGAGAACCUUGUCAAACUCACGUUCUCCCUGCAGAACACAACACUGGUGAACACGGCGCCACAGUGUGUCUUCUGGGAUGUGAAAGAUGAGGCGACUGCGAUAUGGAACUCAUCUGGUUGUAACACUACUAAUGUUAAAGGAAAGGUGAUCUGCUCGUGCAAUCACCUGUCCUUCUUUGCUGUACUGCUGACUCCUUUAGGUGUGGUAAAACCUCUCAGCGCUGCAUCUGUUUACACCCUGACUAUACUGUCGCGGGUUGGCUGCAGUGUGUCUCUGGCCUUCCUUGUCCUAACGGUGCUCACACAUGCUUUCUACCAGAGAGGGCCGACUGAGAACUCCCUGUGGAUCCAUCUGCAUGUCUGCGUGUCCCUCCUCCUCCUCAACCUCACCUUCCUCAUCAACGACUUCCUGACGGCCCUGCGAAUCCCGGCUGUCUGCAUCGCCAUGGCAGCGCUCACGCACUAUGCCGAACUGAGCAUGCUCACCUGGUUCACCAUCGAGGGCCUGCACCUCUACCUGCUGUUCAUCCGCGUUUUCAACAUCCACAUCAGGAGAUACCUGCUCAAACUCGGCCUGCUGGGGUGGGGUUUGCCUGCUGUCCCUGUUGCCGUAAUUGUCGGCCUGGAUUUGUACGGAGAGUCCAAGAUAGAGAAUGAAGAAGGGGGGUCCACAUCUGUGUGUUUUGUGAAAAAGGAUAAUCUGAUUCCGCAGAUCCUGACCUACUGCUACUUCUUGCUGGUGCUGCUGUUUAACGUGACCAUGUUCAGCGUGGUCCUGAACCAGCUGCUGAAGGCCCGGCUCCACAGUCCUAUACCCCAGGACAAGGGCCUGAAUUGGGGGAUGGUCCUCAGCCUCUUGGCCCUCUCAUGGAUGCUUGGCAUCUCCUGGGGUGUAAUGACCUUCAGUGCCAUAGCCCCCCUGCAGGAGAUCUCUUUUUACAUAUUCUGCACCCUUAAUGGCCUGCAUGGUUUCUUCCUGUUUCUGAGGUACUGCAGCCUGCUGAGGAAAGAGAAACUGGCAUCCAGCAGCAUCUCUGCAGCAGCCAGUGCCCCUCAAUCAAGCAAAUCCAACUAGCCUUAACAUUUAACAUUAAUACACAUACACACAUACCAAUACUGUUAGGAUAGAUUAUGGUCACAUGGUAGGGCAAGCUCUGACUUACAGGCAGGUCUUCAGUGAUGUCACUACCUACCUGUAUGGCUCAUUGGGUUAAUUGGGACAUCUGUCCUUAUGCCGCCUUCAUGCCACAUUGGAUAUUCUGAAAUUCGGAUCUCCAAUAAAAAUCGAGAAUUGUGCAGAACUCUUGUGCCCCGAGGUGCCUGACUUGACAUCACUAUCAUAUUGUUCAACCACGGUGGCCUCCUUUGCAACAACACAAGGCGAAUCUCACUCUCAUUGCAAAUAGGCAAAGUAAUUUAUCACUAAAUUAACACUACAGAUAGAAACACUCACCUGAGACAUUUUCGGUCUUGUUCAACCAUAGUAAGCAGUUUUAGUAACUUAUUUAUGUGUUUCCUGUAUUUGUUUUCCGAGCUGAUCUCAUGAACACACUAUUUUUGGAGGUCAGUUGGGUCGGGUCCUCCGAGUUUACGACUGGCAUGAAGGCAGUAUUAGUCCUUGGCUUUCGAUUAGUUUGCAGGCCUUUUUGAAAGACUGGCGUCGUUUCCUCUUUUAGAGUGUUUGCCCGUGAGCAGGCAAACUUGGACUAUUGUCUUAUUUUGGGUUAUCACACCACCACCACAAAAGCUGAACACAACACAAAAGAAACAACGCUUGGGCUAUCCAGGAAACACGUCAGGAGAGAGCUUACCACAGGUACAGUGACCUCUCACUGGAGCUCUGCCAAGCUGUAACACACACAUUUCACCCACAGGGUAGGCUCUACUUCCACGUCUUUAGGUUUAGUGUGUGUGUGUGUGUGUGUGUGUGUGUGUGUGUGUGUGUGUGUGUGUGUGCACCCGCGCAUCUGUGUUUGCAUUAAUAAGUAGGAAAGAAAGGUUCUAAUUGUUGUCAUGGACUUGCUGUUGCUUUUCAUUUUUUUGCCAGCUCUGCUCUUUCUUCUGUUCAAUAGACCUGAGCCUUGUUGGAUGGCUAAAUGUUCUCUAUGCACACAGUCCAAUAAACAAAUAAUAAUAAACAAUAA